AUGUCUGAAAAGGGUUUUGAUAUGAUCGCGACGGGAAAAGGAUUUUCCGUUUUCACAGCAACCGCUUUCAUUAUUGGCGAGGUUGCUGGCGGUGGAAUUCUUUCACUGCCCAGUGCCACUGCUGGGGCUGGUUGGUCUGGCUUGGCAAUGAUACUCUAUUGUGCCACAUGUGCUGGCAUCAGUGGAAUGUGCCUUGCAAAAAGCUGGCUAAUACUUGAAGAAAGGUAUCCCGAAUACAGACAGGGGUUAACGAGAAAACCAUUUUCGACUAUAGGUGCUUUUGUGUCUGUGAUCAUGAACAUUACCCGAAUCGGAGCAUCAACUGUCUUUGUGAUUCUCUCCGCUGGUUUGGCCGUCGCAUUGACUAGCUCUUUUAUUCAUCUCACCGAGUGUCAGUGGAUUCCAAUUGUGGUAGCAGUCUUCCUGGUUCCAUUUUGGCUCGGUUCACCUGCUGAUUUCUGGCCUGUCGCAUAUUUGGCAAUGCUUUCAACUGUUAUUGGAUCAAUUCUUCUAAUUACCAAAAUCAUCAUGGAACUGUCUAAAAAUGGCCCAUCUACUGAUUACCACAUUGACGGUAUUAAAUCAUAUUCAGCCGCUUUUGGAACCAUACUUUUUGCCUUUGGUGGUGCUUCAGCUUUUCCUAAUUUCCAAAAUGAUAUGAAAGAGAAAACCAAAUUUCCGAUAGCCGUAGUUUUUGGCUUUAUAGGCCUUAUUUUGCUUUAUCUGCCUACUGCCGGCCUUGGUUAUGGAACCUUUGGGCAUUCCGUCAAGAGCAGUAUUCUUAAAAAUCUUGAAACGGGCACUUUUAUCACUGUGAUUAACUCAUUCUUCUUUAUCCAUUGCCUUACAGUUGUAAUAAUCAUCUUGAAUCCAGUAUACCUUGACAUGGAGGAACUGCUUCGAAUUCCUAAACAAUUCAAUUGGAAACGCUGUGUUUUUCGGACAGCAUUGCUCGCUCUUAUUCUCUUAAUUGCCGAAACUUUUCCGAGUUUUGGUGAGAUUGUCGAUCUCAUUGGGGGGUCUACUGUGGCUAUAAUGGCAUUUGUAUUGCCUCCCAUUUUCUACAUUAAGCUGUGUCGUGAUAACUCUGGCGACUGGCCAGAAAGAUCUGUCUCCAUUUACCAUUACAUCGUUUUUGGCGUCAUCGUACUGAGCGGUUUUGUCGGAGGUAUUGCCUCUACUUACGCUACCAUCAGCAAUUGGACGCCACUCUCCUCGGCGUGCUACCUUUCACAUAACAGCGGAAACAGUACUAAAUAA